AGAAGUCGCUCGCCAUCCUCCCCCGUCGCGAAAUCUCGCGAACGCUCCCCGGACUUCCACUCUGCGCACGCUCAAAUAAGUACCUGCUGCUUCCCCUGCCUUGGUUCCGUAGAGAGAGAAGAGAGGAAGAAGAAGAAGGAGAAAAUUGCUCGCGACAGGACGACGACGAAUUGGGUUCGGGGUCGCAUCGCCCUCCGGUAACUGCCGCCGCUCGCCCGCGUGGAAACUCGAUUGCUGGUGGCUGUUCGUCUGAUCCGCACGCACGCACUCUGCUGUGCGUACCCCCCGCACCACCCUCCACACCCCGCGCUGUAUCACAGACACGCGUAACCUGAUCAGCAAGUUUUAUCCUACCAGUAUAUAAGCCACUAAUAAUGUAUCCAACAAAUAAUUACAUGGAUCCAUACUACUCACAUUUCAGAGAUCAUUGCCCUUAUCCGUAUUAUCCCCCUCCAAGCUUCCCAGCUGGUAACCAUCCGAUGACAAUGGACUCUUCUUGUCCACCACCAAGCUAUGGACCUUGGCCAUACAGCGGUAGCGCAAGCCAUUCAAGUCUUCCUGAAUCCCAUAGCUGCUGCAACCACACAUAUCCUCCUGGUUACUACAGCUUCAGACCCCCAUUUCCAAAAGAACUUACACCACCUCAUCCAUAUUACCAUGGGCAGUUUCCACAUCAACCGAAUGCAUACCCUUCAUACUUUGUGCCACCGCCACCUUAUGCUGUUGAUCAAACACCAUACAGCUAUGGCAAGUUCAAAAGCCAUUGUUGUGGGUGUCCAAACCAUGUUUGCCUUGGGGAAGGCAAGGGCAACUUGAAAAUCGAAGAAGAGAUGCCUGAAGUGAAGCCUGAGACUGAACAGAAGGGUCCGUAUAAUUCCAGUAUUAUUCGCCACCCAAAUUACCAGUAUCCAGUAAUGUGGCUUCCGUCCAGCAACAUGAAUGACAAGUUAAUUGGAAGUAGUUCUGAAUUGCCACCUCAGCUCUUCAGUAAAUGGUUUCCUGAGAGCGGAGAGAAGACAGAUAUGAAGCGAGAAGACCAUGAUAAUCAGAAGGCCAAACAAUUUCAGUGGCCAAUAAUUUGGAUGCCACCGGGAUAUAAUGAGCCGAAACAAGAAGCUAAACAAUUGAAGGAGAUCAGUGAGAGCCCAAAGGUCACUGAAGAAGCUCCACCUUCACCAAAAAUCAAGAUUAUUCCCUUGUCAUGGUUUGAAAAUGGCGACCAUGAUAAGAAGCCUGCUGCUAAAGAUGGCUUUGGAGAUCACAAUGAAAGACCAGCAGCAAUGAGCAAGCCUGCAAGCACUGAGCAUCGAGAUGCCAUGAUGGUGGAUGGAAAUUUUAAGAGCAUUCCAGUUGUGCCAAAGAAACUAAACGAUGAGAAUGAUCAUGUGGGACAAAGUUGUGAGGCUAUUUCAGUCGUGCCUGAUAAAGAGGGUGAUGAAAAGAAGGUUCGCACUUGUAGGACCAUCCCGGUUAUGCCUCAGAAAGAGGGUGAUGAGAAGAAGUUCGAUUUGGGUGGAAAGAAAGAGGAGAAGGCAAGCAUAGUUGAAAAGGAGGGCGAAAAUAGGAAAAGAAAUCAGGAAACAUCAAAAGCUAAGGUUUCAAAAUUACCUCCCGUAUGCUUGCGGGUGGAUCCUUUGCCAACGAAGAAAUCAGGAAACAGAUCCUCAAGGUCGUCCAACCAAGCAACCAACAAGGUUUGUGGAAAGGAUAUGGAUGUGAAAGAGGCCCCAACGAAGCACAAAGAUACAAAAAUAUCAGAACCAAAGAAAGAGAGCAAUGUGUCGGUUAAAGAGAAAUCAACCGAUGAAAUGAACGAAAGAAUAGUGUCUAGGGAUGUAACAGUGCAAGAUGCUUCUGUGAAGCAUGGACUGGAGGAACAACUUUCCACAAUUAUGGCUGCUCAGAAGGUGCAACCUAGUGUCAAUGCUAUGGCGCAAGAAAAUGCAGGUGGGAACAGCUUACAGGCUGAGAUUAAAAUCCAAGGUGAAGCUGUAAAAUUAGGCCAUGAAAUGAACUUGUCAGAAGUUGAUGCAGCCAUUUGUAUACAGUCCGCAUACAGAGGCUACCAUGUCCGAAGAUGGCAACCUUUGCAGAAACUUCGGAAGAUUAAAAGUGUACAUGAGCGGAUGCAAGAUGUGAAAAAGCAGCUGCAAGGCCUUGAAGCUUCUUCAAAGCAACAGACAGCGAAAGAGCAUAUCGCUAUCAACGAGACUAUUAUGAAUUUACUCUUGAACCUUGACACCAUUCAGGGCUUGCAUCCAAGUGUGAAGGAGGCUAGGAAAUCUGUCGCCCGAGAGCUAACUUCUUUGCAGGAGAAGCUCGAUUCUUUGUGCAAGCAGUCGUCUGCUGAGACUAAUCAGCUUAAGAGUGAGGAACAGGAGAAAUAUGCCGGGGUUGAAUGGUCGUCCACGAUUAACUCCAAGGAGUCAAUGCAUCAUGAUAUUUCAUAUGUAGUUCCCAUGGAGUUGAGGAAAGAUGGAGAUUUAACUGAACAAAAACAUCAAAUGGAAGAGUCGGGUACUACGCGGGAACAAGCACAUGAUGAAGGGAAAGCUCUGGUACCUGGUGAAUGUCAGGGAGCACCAUUGAUGGAUGUGACGAGUGAUGUUGUUUUUCCGGGACAUUUGGCUGAGCAGAAGCAACAUAUCGAAGGGGCAAAUACCAUUUUAAUGGAAGAAUGGCCUGAAGAAGAGAAAGCUGCAGCUGAGGAUGAAGGUUCAUCAGCGCACUACAUCGAACCAUUGCAUGAUUCAUCUGUAUCAGAGGAUUCCAGUGUGCUCAAACAACUAAAUGAUGGGGUUUCUCCUGCUUCCACUGAGGAUAGUACAACUGCAGCGGCUCCAACAUCUAUGGAAAGUGAAAUGGUUGUUGACAAGGAUGGUUCGGUAGAAAGCCUGGUGCAGGAAUAUGCUUCGGUGGAUAGUUCUCAGCUGAAACAUGAUGUAGCUCCUGCUAACGAAGAUCAGUGCAACGAACCAAGUACUCCAUUUGUUAAUUUGGAGGAUUCAUCUUUAUCUUCGAAGGAUGCAGAGUCGCAUGGAAAUGAUCCAGGUCAUGCGGAUGACUCCAUAGUAAUCAAUCAGGGGGAUCAACCAGAAGAACCCAGGGUUGCCAAAAUGCAGAAACAAGUAGCAGACCCUAUGAUUUCAGCCAACGAACAAGAUAGAACACCAGAGCCGACGGUUGGUGAUACCACUGUUAGUGUGGAGAAUUCCACGCAAGAGCAAAUUAUCUCGGUGGAAGAAGCAUCAAAGCAAUACGAGGUUUGUUGCAAGGACGAAACAGCUUCUGUGGAUCAGCCGAAUGAACAUCACACAGAGAAAACAGCAGGAGAUUCUGACAUUGGAGAGGAACUUGAAGCUGUGCCCUUUUUUUCCAAAACCGAGAACGUGGAAAAUACUCUGAAUGUUGCAGAUUCUCCAAAUAACAUGUGUGCUCAGCCUAUCCUUCCUGAAGGGGAGAGCAGUGAAUUACCAUGUGAAUUUGAUGGCCCCAGGGUGCACGAGUAUUCUGGCUCCAAGGUGUCAUUGGAGAGCCCAAAUGAUGUGCAAAAGCAACAGUCUGAUGGAGAAGCAAGUGCUUCUGAAAUUGUCGAGUGCAAUGAGAUGCCAAAAGGAGCUCCGGUAUGCGCAGCAGUAGUAAAUUCUGCAGUCCCGGAAGCCGAUGACCCUAAAGAACAUCCAGUAUGCGCAACAGGAGUAAAUUCUGCUGUACUGGGAACCGAUGAUCUGAAAGAAGAUGCCGGAGGCCCAACGAUUUCUAAGGAUGUGGCUCCCGUCUCUACAACUCAUGAUGGUCUGAAGAAGAACGACGAGAAGAACCUGAUCGAGGAAAACCAGAUGCUGAAGGAUAUGUUGCAGAAACUUCUCGCAUCUGGCAGUAAUCAGAUGGGUGCCAUGGCGGAACUAUCCGAGAAGGUCAAGGUGCUCGAGCAGAAGCUGGCGCGCAAGAAGAGGCCAAAGGUAAGAGUGCACAGACCAUCCAGGAAUGCGGCAGCCAACGUCCACUGAAGAAACUGAAUAAACAAAGUGUGUCUCUGAACUUUGAGGCUGUGUGUGUAGACUGUAGAUGGAUAUGCCUUAGUUGUCAUGUCACUGUUGUAUAUCAGUAAUGCAAUGUACAGUUUGGAAUGCACUCUGGUGUUGACCCGCUAUCGCUAGGAGAGCAUGCAAGAUCAACUUUGUGACAUGUAUGUGAAAUUAAAUCUCACUGUCAGAGAGUCUUAGAUGCAAGAUCUUUAUGACAUGUAUGUGAAGCUAAAACCCACCAUCAGAGAGUCUUCUUAGAUGCUUUUCCUUGUGCUAGUGACUGGACAGCUUCAAAUUGCAAACCUGAUUCAGAAAGGUGCUAAAAUGGCAUGUGCAGAGCUUUAUUCCUUUCUAAUGAGACAUUGUGCAAA